CGGGGGUUGAAUAUAUUUGCAUGCUGCUUGCCUUCGGAAACGCAAUUGGAAAUCAUGGCGGGAUCUUUUCCUGAGAUGGUUCGCGGACAAAUUUUCGACGUCGCUCCCCGUUAUACAAACUUGACUUACAUCGGAGAAGGUGCUUAUGGAAUGGUGUGUUCUGCCAUGGAUAAUCGUCUAGGUCAGCGCGUUGCUAUAAAGAAAAUAAGCCCUUUUGAGCAUCAAACAUACUGUCAACGAACGCUGAGGGAAAUCAAAAUUCUGACGAGAUUUAAGCAUGAAAAUAUAAUCAAUAUAAUGGACAUAAUUCGGGCACCGGAUUUAAGUCAACUGAAAGACGUAUAUAUCGUGCAAACACUAAUGGAGACUGACCUGUACAAGUUACUGAAGUCACAACGCUUAAGCAAUGAUCACACAUGUUAUUUUCUUUAUCAAAUACUGCGUGGCUUGAAGUACAUUCACUCUGCUAAUGUUUUGCAUCGAGACUUGAAACCAAGCAACCUGCUUUUGAAUACAACAUGCGAUUUGAAGAUCUGUGAUUUUGGGUUGGCUCGCGUCGCAGACCCAGAGCAUGACCACACUGGUAUUUUGACUGAGUAUGUGGCAACUAGAUGGUAUCGUGCCCCGGAGAUUAUGCUCAACUCAAAAGGCUAUUCCAAAGCUAUAGAUGUCUGGUCUGUUGGCUGCAUACUGGCCGAGAUGUUGUCAAACAAACCUCUCUUUCCAGGAAAGCACUAUUUGGAUCAAUUGAACCAUAUUCUAGGUGUUUUAGGUUCACCCUCUUUGGAAGAUUUACAGUGUAUAAAAAAUGAUAAGGCGAGAAGUUAUAUUCAAGCAUUACCAUGCAAACCAAAAAUUCCAUGGAACAGAAUUUUUCCCAAUGCUACACCAAACGCCCUGGAUCUUCUGGGUAAAAUGUUGUCGUUCAAUCCAAAUAAGCGAUUCACCGUUGAAGAAUGUCUAGCCCAUCCGUAUUUGGAACAGUAUUACGACCCUACAGAUGAGCCCGUCGCCGAACAACCAUUUCGGUUCGAAACGGAAUUGGACAAUCUUCCAAAAGAAGAACUCAAAGAAUUGAUAUACGCCGAAACCGCCAAUUUCAUGUUGAAGUGACAAAAGAAAAGCGGCUAUCUAAAUUUUCAUAAAUUUUUUUUCAUCGGAUCUCCCUUUAUCUCUUGUAUGCCCUUUUUGAAAAAAAAUCUGCUGCUUUGAUGUGGGGAAAUAUUUGAUUCUCUGAAAAUACCGGUUUCCCUGCAUCAGUGUUGAAAUACGUUAUCAAUGUGAUUAAUUUGAUAAUAAUAGCAGAAGAAAGGCAGUCAAACCAUUGUAAAUAUUCAUGCAUUUAAUUCAUUUACUUAAAAUCGACAAUUUUGCCCUAUUACGUCAAUGUUUUAGGUGGGCUUAUAGUUUUUGAAAUAUUUGUAGUCAUGAUUUGUAAAUGGAUGAAAUGUAUCAAUUGAAAAUGAAAUAUGUACCAGAAAAUGCAAAA